GAACAUGGCGCUUUGGAGGAGAGGUUCUUCAUGAUAGUCAGGGGCUAUAACGAUUGAAAUUCCCGUUCUUGUGUUCAUUUUGAUAACACUAAAGUACAGACACUAAAUAUGAGAGGCCGCGAAAGGUGACCGCCCCCUCUGUCUCCAUGGAUACCCGACCACUGCGUGUGGUAGCGGCGUUUGCUGUCGUCAGCUGAAACUCUUAGCAUCGAUAGCUAAAGCUAGUUAGCUGGCGAAUAGCCAGACGCAAAAACAGACACAAAAUGUGCUCGUUUAUGUAGCCUAGACUGACGCGAAGCUGCUAUUCAAUGUUUAAAACACUUAAGCCUUUUUUAAAUCAGCCAUUUAUUUGAUUUCACGUAGCUAACAUUUUGUUAGCUAAGCUAUAAGGAUGGAGAACCGCCGUGUAUAUGUUUUGUUGCUGAGCUUUGGGAUUUUUCUAUCGGCUUUGGGACUGUCUGAAGGCGCCCCUCUUCAGUAUGGUCAGAAAUCAGGUGAAGGCACGGGGGACACUUUGUCUGUCUCUAUCUACCUGUCCCUGGUGGUGUCUUUGAUGGUGAUUGUGUCCUUGGUGGUGGUGCUAGUGAACUGUGUGACCUGCUGCAAGGAAAGGGAGAUCAACUUCAAGGAGUUUGAAGAUCACUUUGAUGAUGAGAUCGACUUCACUCCGCCAGCAGAGGACACCCCUUCUAUGCAGUCCCCAGCUGAGGUCUAUACCCUUGCUGUGUCUCCUGUGCCCCUGCCUGGCCCGCCACACCUCCAACCUCCUGCCCGCAUCACAGAGGGAUCAACAGGCUUCCAGGUCGUGCGCCACAGUCUGAGCUACAUCCAAGAGAUCGGCAACGGCUGGUUUGGCCAGGUCCUGUUGAGUGAUAUCUACACAGACCCAGGGACAAGAGUGGUGGUCAAGGAGUUGAAAGCUAAUGCAAGUGCCAAGGAGCAGAAUGACUUUCUGCAGCAAGGAGAUCCAUACAGAGUUUUGCAGCACCCAAACAUACUCCACUGCCUUGGACAGUGUGUUGAGGCGAUUCCCUUCCUACUGGUUUUUGAGUACUGUGAAAUGGGGGAUUUGCGGGGCUAUCUUUCUCAGCAGGACUGGAUGUUCAGAAAUGCUGAGUUGCUGCAGCUGCAGAGGAUGGCCUGUGAAAUUGCUGCUGGUGUCACUCACCUUCACAAACACAACUUCCUGCACAGUGAUCUAGCACUGAGGAACUGCUACCUGACUGCAGACCUCACAGUCAAAGUGGGAGACUAUGGCAUUGGACCCUGCAGAUAUAAAGAGGAUUACAUCAUCACAGAGGAUGAUGUGUAUGCACCCCUUCGUUGGUUGGCCCCUGAGCUGGUAGGCGAGCGCCAUGGUGGCGUAAUUACUAUGGAACAGACCAAGCCAAGCAAUGUGUGGGCAUUGGGGGUCACAUUAUGGGAGCUCUUUGAGAAUGCUGCUCAGCCGUACCCACAUCUGUCUGACCGAGAAGUUCUCAACCAUGUGAUCAAGGAGCAACAAGUCAAGUUGUUCAAGCCACAACUGGAACUUCCCUACUCUGAUAGAUGGUAUGAAAUUUUGCAGUUCUGUUGGCUGUCUCCAGACAAGCGGGCCACAGCAGAGGAAGUACACCGUCUCCUCAUCUAUCUGCGUAUGCAAGGCCAGAAGGACAUAGAAGAAGAUUUCGAGCAACGCUGGGAUGCACUGAAGCCUAACCCCACUAUGCGGCAGACCACUGUUAGCCAUUCCUCCUUCCCAAUCUUGGAACAGUUUGCUGAUGAUGCCCUGAGACAAGAAAUAGAUGAAAUUCUGACUGUGACUGAAACAAGCAAAGGUCUCAGCUUUGAGUAUGUUUGGGAAGCGGCCAAGCAUGACCACUAUGAUGGUAACCCUGGACGUUCAGGCGUAGACACAACACUAAACUACCACAGCAUGUUCUUUCCUGUUUCCAGUGAAGAUAUUCAGGCUCAUUUCCCUGAUCCUUCAACUAGCGCAGCAGGAGGAGAAAGUGGGAACACUCCAGGAUUUCCUGGGAUCUUACCGGUGUUUGAUGCUCAAAAGCCAUCUAAUGGGAAUGAAUAUUAUAUCCAACUAGAAGAGCAAGGGGAGAGCACUGUUGGGGAGGACGGGAAUAGAGAACCAGAUAUGGGCUUUGGUUCAAGCGGGCAAGAUUUUGUUGUGCUCCAAGAUGUGCGGCUAGAUGAGUCAAGCACAGAUGCCGACUUUUUCCACCAAAGUAUUGACUCAAAGGAUUCAUAUUUACCAGACAGCCACAUCUGGUCGUCUCUUGAAAAUGACAGUCCGUACCACACCAACAUUUUUACAGAAGACGGGUCAAAACAAGAAGACUCGCCUUCCUGGAGGCAGAAUUUUAUGGAGCUUCCAGAGCGCAGCGGAAACCCUUUCCUUGAAGGGGGAACUUUAGAGGGUGAAGCAGUGAAUAGAGAUGGAAGCUAUGGGGAUGCUUUUUUAGGGGAACCCACUCAGGUGGUGAAUUCUGUGGAAGCAAAGGAUGAAAACAUGAAUGGAAAAAGUCUUUUGAGUACUGAAAAACUAGCAGAUAAUUUUAUGUUUCUUAAAGAUCAAACCUUAAUGAAGGAGGGUGCUAGUUUCUUAAGCCCACAACCAAAUUUUCUUUUACCUGGUUUAGCCCACGAACCAGAGGAAGCAUUCAAAAUGAAUUCUUGGGAUAAGCUUGACUCGUUAGGCAGCUUAAACACAGCAGACACUUAUUUUAAAUCGGCAGCAAGUAGCACAUCCUCAAGACACGAACUUCUAGACUCUCCAAGUAACAGUUUGGGGGAGUUUUGUCACUCUCUAGAAAAUGAGACACUGGUGCCUUCCAUUACAGUGGUCACAGAAGAUGACACAAGCAACCAGCUGCCAGCUAGAAAUAGUUCUUCCACAGAAGACCUUGGUCUGUUGCAAUCUUCAAACAGAGGUGUAGACUCUGGUUUUGAUUCUACCUCAGAGAGGUUUGAGGUUCUCAUCAGUCACACGGAUGACCACACCACUGCAAUAUCUGACAGUGCCAAUACAGAUUCUUUGUGCACAGAUGCCAAAAUUCCCAGCCUUGAAGAUGACCUUGGAACCUCAAAGGAUGACACUCAGCCCAUAGAAAGUAAAAUGCCUGAACCCCUGCCAGCUCAAGUAUUACCUUCAGAUAAUGGACACAGUGAAGACCUAACAAGUAAUGAUUUGUUGAGUGAGCUAAUUGAGGAUGCCGAUAUACAAAUGGAAACCACUCUGUCUGAUCAUGAAGAAUCAUUUAUGGAUACCAAUGGGCAUCCUCAUGAUAGAGCUUCUCUUCUGGUGUCGGGUCCAUCUUUGGACCAGAUCAGCCAGGACAGUUUAUUGGAAGACAGUAUGUCCACCACUGUUCCAACUGUAGAGAACUUUGCUGAAACACCAGACUCAUUAGACUCACUUGACAUACACAGGCUUGGAGAGCAAGGAGAUGAACUGAAUGCUCAAAUUGCUCAACACAAACUCCAACCUCCAUAUAGGAUAUCAGACAGUGGUUAUGAGACUGAGAACCUGGAGUCUCCUGAGUGGAACUCUCAGCCAAAUGUCCAAGAUUCCUCUCCUGUAAAAAAUGGCUUGAGUGUUACCAAAGAAGAAGAGGAGACAGAAGAGCUCACAACUGCGGCAAGUCUGGUUCCGCCGAAAAUCAUAAUCUCCGAAGUAGAGGGUGUGCUAGAUACUCGCAGUGAAGAUCCCAGUGAGGGAGAUCAGCCAGAUAAUGAAGGUCUUGCUGAGGAACCAAUUAUGGGAAGUAAUUACAGAGACUCUGCAUACUUUUCUGACAAUGAAUCAGAACCUGAAAAGAAGUCUGAAGAAAUAACUGCAGGUGGUUCUGUUGAAGACACGUGGCUGAGGAACUCUACUGAUGAGGUUCCUGAGGUUUCUGGAGCUCCUGCACUGGAGGCUUACAAGGAAAAAGAUAUUGACUCUUUAUUUUCUCUACCUGCUGAAUCACAAGCCAAGGAUGUUAAGGAGAUGGGUUCAGUAGCAGAUUCAGAUAUCACAGAAAAUGGUGAAAACCAGGUGGUCGAGUCUACCAGCAGCUCCAAUGAAGAUGGAAUUAAACCAGAGGUUUUCAAGGACACCGCAUUUACUGAUCACCUGGACCACUCUGAAGGUCUAGAAACCUUAAUACUUCCUUCUAUUGCCCCAGCUAAGCCAGCAACAGAGAGUGUAGUUCACGCUAAACUCACCAGAACCGACACCAGUGAUGGUCAUAAAAUAAAGGAGCCGGAUGUGGAGGGGCGUUACCUGGGGAGGCGGGAUGGGUCGGGCUUAGAUGGGCAAGAAGAUGGCGUAGAUGCAGACGAGGAGGACGAGAACAGCGACGACUCGGAUGACGACAUGCGCGCGUACCAGCUGCACAGCUCUAGCUCAGAAAGCGAGGAUGAAACCGUGCACCCGGUGCCAGUUGUUAUCUCGGACGACAGUAGGGCGAAGAACCUGAAGAGCUUGUUAAAACCCACAUCUCUGAACAUCGGAGCAUCAUCUUUCCCGUUUCCUACAAGGUUUGGUGCGGAUAACUCCAAAAGAGCCGUGUCUUUCUUUGAUGAUGUCACUGUCUACCUGUUUGACCAGGAGACGCCCACCAAGGAACUGGGUGACCACUCCUUGGAUUCAAACAGUCGGGUACCACAGUUCAGCAGCUCCACGCCUGCUGCCAGCUACCUGAACCGCUUUGCCAACUCUGAGAGCUCAACAGAUGAAGAAGGUGGUGGUUUUGAGUGGGAUGAUGACUUCUCCUCACCCGCACCCGCCUUCCUGUCCAAGACUGGUAAAGACACGGUAUCCAAGGCAAGGUCCUCAUCUGCAGCGUCGUUUUCCUCUCCGGCCCCUGCAGUGGGGUCCAUGCUGGAUACCAGCUGGACCGGCUCUUCAAGCUACUCCCGUUUUUCCAUCUCACCGGCCAGCAUUGCCAGCUUUUCCCUUACCCAUCUUACCGACUCUGAUAUUGAACAAGGAGGCAACAGCGAGGAUGGAGAGAAAGACUAGGGUGCUAAAUGAAGGGACCGUUUAUCUUCACACUACUGCGGAAUGAAGCUACUCUCGCUCUUUUUUUGGGAGAACAGUCGAAUAAGGACAACAGACGACGCAGUUUGUGGGGACAAACUGCAGAUGCUUCUCUCAGGCAGAACUAUUCUCAGCGGCGUGGCCAUGAGAACAAAAGGCUGUAAACAGACAUUAGGCAAAUAAGACGGACGAGGCCCAGUCCCAGUCUGAGCCACAUCACCUCUCCAGCUCCGUGUGUGUGUGUGUGUGUGUGUGUGUGUGUGUGUGUGUGUGUGUGUGUGUGUGUGUGUGUGUGUGUGUGUGCGUGCGUGCGUGUGCGUGCGUGUGCGUGCGUGUGUGUGUUUGUAUGAUUUUUAGUUCAGUACAAUUAAAAUGUUUUGGGGAGGGAAAACAAACUAACUGACGUAGCUUCUAAAUGUUUGCUUUAAUGCCUCAUCAUGCGCAUUCCAGGUGUUUGGCUGCUUCUUUUUGUUGUGUGUAAGUGCACUCCUUUUCUAGGACUUUUGCUUCACCAAAAAAAAAAAAAACAACUUAAUUUAAUUAAAGAAAAUCAACCCACUGGGCUGGUAAACGUAUCACUACAGCCAAACAAGAAUAAGCUCUUUGAUUUCACACACACACCUAAAACUGAAAGCUUAAUUUGUUCACUUUGCUCCUUCAUGUCAUGUGAUUAUUUCCGUGAUUGCCUUUUAUUUUGAAAGGAUUUUUUAAAAAAAAACUUCCUGCUAAGUUUAAUCACAGUCUCCUUUUUGGAGGGGAAGCCAUGUGUGUUGUCUUUCUGUAGCAGCAUUUGAAUUUAACGGGUUGUAACUGCUGUAGGUGCAAUCCAUGCAUAGGAUGACUGGAACACUACACUACAGAGGCGACACACUGUAUUGUCCUUUAUGUUUUAAAGGAACAUGUAUAGUAAGCUGAGUCGAAGUUUGGAGAAAUGUUGGUAAGAAUUGUGGGAUUGUCAUAUCAGUCGUUAAAGAGGCGACCCAACUGUAAGACAGUUGUGAUGAAUAACUUAAAACAAGUUGUUGUUGUUGUUUUUCUUUUGUAAAGCUUUAUUUUAUCCUUGCGAAUGUGCAGGAAGUCGCUUUGAUGGUUGUCUCGAUUACUUUGUCGCUGGGUCUCAUUCCAGUGCCUGAUGACGCUGAAAGACAAAGAGGCUGCACCCCUCGAUUGAUGAUCGCUACAAAAAGUUUAGUGGGAUGAUGUUUAAAAAAAAAAAAAAAAAAGCUGGAAAUGUUUAUUUUUAAAUGUAAGGAUGAAGAAAAUGUCAUGAGCUGUUUGUAAUCAAAUGUGCAAUGAAUUUCAUAAACUGGUUUGAAUCAGAGUUUGUAGGACAAGCUGACGGGCGUGUGCAGGGACUUUAAGCUUUCACAGCAACUCACUACUAGAACAACGACAACAACAACAAGAAACUCAAUGCUGCUGCUUUUAUAAACCCGAGCGUUGUGGGCGGAGUUGUUUGCCUUUUUCUUUUUUCAGCUUUGUGUCAAACGUCACUAUUUCAGAUUGCAUUUCCAUCUUAAAUGACCCUUUCUGUUCAGCUGCUGUCUCUGAGUCUUAUCAUUUGCGGGGCCGUACGUACAGGGAUGUGCAUUCGUCGCGAUCACUUUCUGUAUAGAAGCGCAAUGCAAAUGGUUAUAGAUGAAGACAGACCUUCCUCCUGACAUUUUUAUGUACAGCUUUAAAAUCUCUUAUUUGAAACUGUAGGGUAUACAGUUAAGGCUUUCCUUUCAAUUGACCUUGAAUAUUUUGUCGCUGAUGACGAGAUGAGAAGCUGUACUUCACCCGUAAUAGCUACAUGUCCGUCUCACCUGCCCCAUACAGGCGACACUGUAUCCCAGACAGUGUUAUCCUCUGUUUAAAAACCAGCAGCCUGUGCUUCAGUUAAACUUGAACAUCUAUUUAAGGAAAUCUUCUUUUAUUUCACUACAGUAUACAUUUGCUUAAUCUUGCACAUUUGAGAAAUGUAACUUAAUGUUGAACUGUACUGAUGUGUAUAUAAAUGUUAAUUUUUCUUUUUGUCUGUAAAUGAUGGGAAAUUAUGUAAUUGAGUUCUAGGUAUGAGGUUUCAUUUUGUAACUUAAACUGAGUUGAAUCAGAGGAACAUAUCACAGUCAUCAGCUACAAGCAGUUAAAUUAAGACAAACAAGCAGACGUGAAGUCAUUCUGUCCUUUAAACUUGUAGAAUUAAAAAAAAUAUUUUUACUUCAUAUUGAUCAUGCUUAGUGUGAUUGAAAUGUUUAUAAUUACACUGUUUAAUAUGAAAAUAAAUGCA